GUAGAGAAACGUCCAGAAACCGUUUUCCCGCACUUAAAUAAUUUUUUUGGAAAAUUUUGCAAUGCCAGUGGUUAUAUAGUCAACAUUUUUAUAAUUACAUUAGAAACUACAUUAGGAAGAUAAGAUGAAUAAUACACAGUCAUUGUUUAAUCAGCAAUACGGUUUUUCUCAAUGGAAACAGGCGGAUAGUGUAAUGCACCAUUUACAUUGCGAAUAUGAAGUUUCCGAUUUCCCAUUAGUGGAUUCUUCCAUGUUUGCUUGUAAAAGUGCAGUAAAAGAUGGCAACGAACAUUUUGUUGGUAUGGCAAACGAAGACGGAACACUGGCAGUAAUAGAUUGUGAAACCAAAGAAAAACAUAGUACACUAGCACACAAUAAUGCAAUAUUCGACUUGUCAUGGAUGUUUGAUCAAAUGCAAAUUGUUACUGCAUCCGGAGACCACACAUCCAAACUGUUUGAUUUUGGUGAUGGUGAUUUCAGGCAAGUCAGAUUGUUUUGUGGUCAUAGUCGUUCAGUUAAAACAGUAACUUUUCGUAAAGAGGAUUCAAGCGUGUUUGCAACAGGUAGUAGAGAUGGUAACAUUAUUCUGUGGGAUACAAGGACAGAACAGCAUAGCUUUAUUGGAGUACCGGAUAGGAUUAUUUUAAACUCACAUGCAGGGAAAGAUACACAUACACCAAGUAAAUCAAGGAAAAAGUUACAAUCUUGUGUCAAUUCAGGAAUAAAAAGCGUUACAGGCCUAGUGUUCCAGGACUACAACACACUAAUUUCAUGCGGUGCUGGAGAUGGUAUGAUUAAAGUUUGGGACCUCAGAAAAACCUAUUCAACUUUAAAAAAAGAACCUCUUCCUAAAUUUACCAUACCUUACACGGGAAGAACGGCAAAAAAUGGUUUUAGUAACUUAGUUAUUGAUAGUUCAGGUACAAAAUUAUAUGCAAAUUGUCUAGAUAACACGAUAUAUUGUUACAACGUAGCCACAUACAAUGUUAUGCCAGUUGCGAAGUAUACCGGACACCAGAAUAGUUCAUUUUAUAUCAGGUCUUCUUUAAGCAAAAACGACAAAUAUUUAAUCAGCGGCAGUAGUGAUGAAAACGCUUAUAUUUGGAACUUGAAGUAUUCAGAGCCAAUAGUAAAGCUGGUAGGCCAUAGUGCAGAGGUAACCUGCGUGGCAUGGUGCAACAGCAAAGUAACGCCCUCUAUAAUCACCUGUUCCGACGACAUGACCUACCGCAUUUGGACCGUAUGCGGUGAGGACUGUUCCGACAAUAUAGUACGGGGUAAAGCGGAAGUGUUGCCUCUGCCUAAACCUCUAUCCAGGAAAAGGGUUUGUUGCCCUUCGUUAGACUCCGUUCCAAAAAAAUUAGUUUGGGAAUGCCCGAACUGUCAAACCGCCAAUAUAUCCGACAUGUGCGAGAACUGUAUAUCGACGAGUUUGAAACGCAAAGCCGACUCUGAUCUUUGGAACGACUGUAAAAGAAUUCAAACGGAUUUCGGUCCUAGAAGAUUGUUUGGGUAUUUGAACACGAACGUUAAGGAUGUGGAUUCAGUUAAGCCCCUGGACGGUAAUGAUGGGGAUAGUAUGGAUUUAAAAUCUCUGGAUACGGCUCUGGAUUCGUUCAAAACGAAUUUAAGGAAGGACAGCGAGGUUUCUACGUCACCCACCGUUAAUUUACCUAAUUUCGUGGUAGAUGGCACUGCGCCGCAUCUAAACUAUUCCCCUCCGAAGCGGAAAAGUCAGGAUUGGUUGACUAAAAUGCGUACGGAGAGGAAAAUCCGACAGGAGAUAAUGGAAAGAUCGAUGGGGCCACAGAGUCCCAAAGUACCAAAGUUAGAAUUAACACCGAGGAGCAGCAAGAAGCGUGGUGCAGCGGCAAGUCCAUUACUGAGGUUUUUUAAGGUGACAAAUAGUAGUAAUAAAAACGAUAGUUUAAGUUGUUCGUCUAAGACGCAUAGUUGCAAUUUUUUCAGUAAAGGUAAAACGAAUCAACAGCUAAGUCAGUGAGAAGAACAAUUUUGAAUAAGUUUUGAAUAUGAUUUUUAUCUCCAAUGAGCUACAGAUAUUGUACAAAUUUCUUUUUUUUUAUUCUUAAGCCUUGUCUACAUUAUGUAACAUUUUGCCCCUGUCAGGUAAAACGCAUUAACUAGGGAACACACUGAAAGUUUUGCCUGUGUUAGACGUUUAUGGAAAACAGGUUAUAGAAUUUUUAUGAAAAUUUGAAUUUUUACAUAAAGGUACCUGCUCCAUCUUUCUAAAAUAUUUUCGGCAUUAAGCCCCGUUCUCAGAACAGCGACACGUUAAAAGAACCAAUGAGAUUUGUACAAAAUUCAAACAGCUUAUUUAAAAAAUAAAGACAUUGUUUUUGAUGAGGUUGAAAAGAAAAAUCGUGUAAUUUUUUCAAAAAAUUGUAACUAUAUACAGGGUGUUUCCUAAGUAAUAAAAAAAAAUUGUAAUUCUUCAUCUGUUUUUAAGAAAAAAAUUCAUAUAAACAUGGGGUCCUGAAUCCUGCCUAGACUACUUGAACCAGUGGUGUCCAUACACACACUCCUGGAUUAAUUUAUUAAAAUAAAUGGUACGCCACUGCUUUUUCAAAAAAUAUAUUUUUUCCUGAUUGUCCAUCCUUUUUCAACAAGAUUGAUCUCUUGAGUUUUUCUUGUAACUUUUAAAAAAAUUGGAAAUUUGGCUUAUUCAAAAAAUUAGAAAUUUGUUAUUAGUGCAUAUGAUAUUGUGCAUUUAUGGGUUUCCAUGCAUCUGUAAUGCGUCGUCCGUCACGUCAAGCACAAAGUAUUAGCGGUCAUUUUUGAAAUAACCAAUAAAAUUGCUUAAAACCAAUGACUGAUGCAUGUAAAUCCACACUAAUAAUAAAGAAAAAUCGUUAGUAAUUGGGCAAUUAUUAACAAAUGAAGAAAUAAUAAAACAAAUAUAUAAAACUAUAUAAUGUAGGAAUAUAAGUACAUAAAAAUCUCUGAAUUGUGAUAUUUAAGAAAUAGUAAUUAACACAUGGUCAGUGAAGAUUCUUCUGCAUGUUAUUAAUUGUAAAAAUAGUUCAAAUGCUACUUUAUUUUAAGAUAAUAAAUGUGGAUGUUUUUCUUAAAAUAAUAGCUAUUGGAACGUCCACUCAUGGAUAAUUUUAGGUGUCUACACACGUAGUAUAUUCUAUAUAUAGUCUGUUCAAGGAGAGAAUCCAUGACAGUUAUCUGUCUCUGACAUUUUAACUGACAGGUAAAGUGAAUUUUCUGUCAUUUUUUGGAUGUUGUCUGUUGUUCAUUUGACAGACUAUAUGUAUUUAUACACCUAUGCAUGUAUAUGUUCUUUGACACAUGUUAAAGUUGUCAUGUUUAUGUUCCAGUGUUUUCUGUCCUUCUAUAAAUACCUCUUCCUAUAUUUAUAUGCCUAGUAUUAAAUUACAUUUUAGGAGAUUGACUGAAAUAAAAGUAAAUGUAUUUAUUUAAA